AUGGUUAAGAAGAAGCAGAACAAAUUGAAAAUAGAUUAUGAGAAAUGUAUCAUAGAGGACAGGCUCCUUCAAAUUAAGAACCAAGCCUAUGUUAAUGAUCUCAAACUAGUGAAGGUGUGGACAAUUGAAAUAAGUCCAAAGGAUUCGCCAAAAGUGUUGGUCUUAGUGCGACAGCUAUCAUCACAAGAUCCUGUAUCGCUUGUUCAUCUGAAAAGGAUUCAGCCCAUAGAUGGUAUGCUACAUGUUGUGCUCUGUAGUACAGAGUGGCUGGAAGAAAGCCAAAUUGCAUUGAAGCUGUCCAACAUGGAUUUCAACUACAACAAUCUUUGCAUGAAACUCGUGCCUGGGCAUUGUCCAGGCACUAAAGAAUUGUCACAGGAUUGGGGAAAGAAAUAUUGGCCCUUGGUGUGGAAAGGAAACCCAAAUGAUCAAAUUUUGAACGAUGUGAAAAUCGAUAUAUCGUUGAUAAAGAACCACCUUGAUCUAAUCCACUCAUUAUCAGUUGACUCUACAAAGCAAGGCCUUCCUAUAAUAACAUGCAUUGUUGAUCCUCUAAAUAACCAAUUACUUGCGACCACAAGAGACCUCAGACAUAUACACCCAUUGAAGCAUAGUAUUAUGCAAUGUAUUGAAACUGUAUCGCAAGAUGAACAACGGAAAAGGGGUGAAGAUUCAAAUUCUCAACAUUAUCUAUGUUAUGGGUAUCAUGUUUACACAACUCAUGAGCCCUGUUCAAUGUGUGCAAUGGCACUGAUUCACUCAAGAGUUUCAAGACUCAUCUAUUUAAAAUCAAUGCCUUCCACUGGUGCUUCAAAACCCUCUAGUGGUGAAGGUUAUACUAUCCACGAUCACAAGCUAUUGAAUUCUAGAUUUGAAGUUUGGGAAUGGACUGGGGAUGAAUAUAAAGAUGUUCCUGGAUUGAAGGAUAUUAAUGCAUAA